AUGCAUGGAGCGGAUGAGAGCACAAUGACCGGUACUGUACAUGGUACCAACUUGCUUAAUAGUCAAGGUGAAGCGGUGAAUCUAGUAGCUUUGACCCAUGCUCUGGAUGGCGGACAAGUGGACGUGGCGGUGCAUUGGUUGCAGCUUCUGCUGCUCUCGCGGACAGGAGACCAGUCGAAAAAGCACAACAAAACUUUGAAAAGCUCGAGGCUUCGAAGACUGAAAACGCUUCAGAGCGCAGUAGUGCAGAUGCUCGACGACUAUGGCAAAUACAAAGAAGAGGAAGGGCUGACGCUACGUCCUGGAUUGGCGGUGAGGACUGGAGAAAGGUGCAGCGAAUUGUCGUAUUCGCAGCUGCAGAUGUUCGCACUACAACAAAUGCAGCCAUCCAGUACCGCAUAUAAUGUGGUGCGAGCUUUGCUAUUCAGGGAUUUGUCUUUGGAUUUAACCGCGUUGGAGAGCACUUGUGACGCGCUGAUGACCAAGCACGAAGCGCUUCGCUCUUGCUUUGAUGUUGACACGAAUGCUGGAGGACAACCGAAGCAAUUCGUGCAUCCAUUGGCGCGUUUCCGAGACGAAUUGGGCGUCGUUAGAAUCGUUCAGACCGAGUUUUUGGAGUCGAGCUGUAGUGAAAAUAUUUUGCAAGAUGUGGAAGUUGCCACAUUUGUGGCAAAGACUAUCGACGAACCGUUCGAUUUGGCACGACAGGCACCAAUUCGAGUGUUCGUAUUUACUAGUUUGGACCAGAAACCGACUUCGCCUUGGAUCCUCGCUGUAAUUCUGCAUCACAUCGUGACGGACGCGGCCUCCAGUCAGCUGUUUUGGACAGAUUUUCACGACUUUUACGCACGUUUCCAACACAAUCCGGACCAUAAUACGAUACAAGAAUUUGUAAGACACCUUGAGACCAAGGCAUCUAGUGCCGCACACUUGACUUACCGAGAUUUUGCAGUGUGGCAGCGUUCGCGAAUGCGAUCCGGUAUAACUGCGCCGUUGUUACAGUAUUGGACACAACAACUUACCGAAGGUGGCGUGCCUCCAGUACUGGAGCUUCCGUUUGACAACGCAAUAGACGAUCGAGAACCGAUUGUACCAGUAGCGAAUACAGCUAAAGGUGACGUUGUGGUAUUCAGAUCAUCACCCGCUUUGCAAAAAGCAUUCUCGGAUCUCUGUCAUUCUCAGAGUUCAAGUAUCUUCAUGGGUCUCCUCGCAGUGUUCUACAUGCUGAUUGAACGUUUAUCCGGUCAGCAAGACUUUGUGAUCGGUGCUCCUUCCUCGGGACGAGACUGCGCUGAACUUCAAGACAUCAUGGGGUACUUUGUCAACACUCUACCGUUGCGUCUUGGGUCUAAAAUUUCAGGAGAUGAUGAUUUUACAAGUUUCUUGAAAAAUGUUCGCAAAGUUGUGCUGGGUGCCUACAACAACAUGGAGAUUCCUUUUCACAAGGUACUAGAGCACUUACGCGCCUUAUCUCACAACAACAGCGACGUUGAACGACGAUGGCAACACCCACUUUUCCAGAUUAUGUUCUCAUGGGAGCAAAGUGACGAUGGCCUGAGUAAAGAUUAUACAGAGCUGAAAUUACCACAUCAAUCUGCCAAAUUCGAUCUCAUGUUAUCCAUGAGAUAUCGUCACCUUAACGGGGGUACAGAGCGCGUAUUGGAGGGUUCGUUAGAGUACUCCACCGCUCGAUUUUCACGGUCAACUGUGGAGCGAUUCUCGAGGUAUUAUCUGAAAUUAUUGGAGCAUGUGACGAACUCACCGACUACUUUAGUGAGAUCUCCAGUCAUUUCCAUGCUCUCCGAUGCCGAGCGGGAGCAGCUUGUCUCUGUGCGGGGCAUGCCAAGCCCUCCAACGUUACUUAGACCGACGUCGGAUUUUCUAGACGAAUGUUUGUUUACUCAAGUGUGGCAAACUCCGGAUUAUCCAGCACUUCACUUUGAAGGAGCGCAGUGGACAUACCAGGACUUGUGGGAAUACAGUUGUCGCGUCACUAGAGCAUUGAGUAUGUUGGAGAUCUCUGGUUACUCCGCUGAGCUUCAUAUCGGUCUGCUGCUUGACCGAGGACUGGAAAAUGUUGCAGCAAUCAUUGGAAUAUUGCGUUUGCAAGCGGUUUUUGUGCCGCUUGACCCAGAGUUUCCUCGCGAGCGGCUGCGUUACAUGGCUCGUGAUAGCGAACUUCAAGUGAUCAUUACACAGCGGAAACACCAAGAAAUUGCAUCGUAUUUAUCGUCAAGAAACGCUGAGGACGAACAUCAACCAAGAGUAUUAUACUACGAAGAUGUAGAUCUUCUAGCCUCACAUGACAAUGGAUAUGCACGGGACGAUGAUGUUAACAGCGAAACGAGGCUACUGAAGCGACAGAAACGAGAUUCACGGGACCCAGCUACAGCAACCGCAUACAUCCUCUACACCUCUGGAUCGACAGGUAACCCGAAGGGUGUUGUGGUACCUCACGCUGCUUUGAUGACGACUCUGUGGUGGACUGUACGUACGUACCAAGUGACAUCAAGUGACGUUUUCCUUCAAAGCACAUCGACGACAUUGGAUGGUUCACUCUCUCAGCUUUUCGCGCCUUUGCUCGUUGGAGGGAGCGCUCGAAUCACUCGUCCAAAAGGUCUACACGAACUGUACUACAUGCGUAAUGUGCUGCUGGAAGCUCCCCAUAUCACGUUUUGUGUAUUUGUUCCGUCAUAUUUCGCUCUGAUCGUGGACUAUUUGAGUGAACAAGGCGAGACUUUUCCAGCUUCCGUCAAGCACGUUAUACUGGCGGGUGAAGCUUUUCCGAUUGAACUCGCACGUCAAUUCUACAAGAAACAUCCAGCCAGUACUACGUGUCUUGUCAAUGAAUACGGACCCACCGAGGCGUCAAUAACAUCGACAGCUUUUCGUAUACCUCGAGAACUGGCGAUGCAGAACGAUUCCAGUAUUUUUCAAGGGCUUCAUAGUGUACCCAUCGGAAAACCGAUAGAUGGUCAUCCAGUGGUUGUACUGGAUACCCAAAGAAGACUCGUUCCAGUGAACGUUCCCGGUGAGUUAUACGUUGGUGGAACAGGCGUUGCGUGUGGCUAUUGGCGUCGCCCAGAACUCACUGAAAACUCGUUCAUCCUUCACGAAAAUGUUGUGGAAAUCGCGUCGCUAGGUCAGAAACGAGGAAGGUGGUAUAAAACUGGAGAUUUGGUGAAAUGGCUACCUAGUGGCGACUUGGUAUUUCUUGGACGUACAGAUGCACAAGUUAAGCUUCACGGGAUGCGUAUCGAGUUACAAGAAGUACGUAAUGUUCUGUUGCGUCACCCAAGUAUAAAAUCUGCCGAGGUGCUUUCAGCUCCUCAGUUGAACUCUCCCGGUCAGAAACAGCAACAAAUGUCGUCGACUCUCGUAGCGUUCGUCAUGCCAGCUGACAACAUCAACGAUAUAUCAAUUGGAGACGGUGAUUUAACCGAGUUACGCGCGUAUCUUGGUGAGCAUCUCCCCCUUCACAUGGUGCCUCAAUCGAUUCAAGUUGUGAGUAGUUGGCCACGAACACCAAAUGGAAAAAUCGAUCUCAGAGCGUUGGCUAGUUGCGCUGGCUCAAACUCGACAGAUGCUCCGUCCAGUGCUCGGGAAUCCAACAAUGGGGCAAAAAUCACAGUACAGUUAGCUAUGGAUAUUCUACGGCAAGUUUGGAUACAAGCUCUUAAUCUCGAGCACCUUGAUGAUGACGAAGAUAUGGAUGGCAAUCAACUCGAAGCGAACUUAACGUCCAAGUCGUUCUUCGAACUGGGUGGUGAUUCAUUGGCAGCUAUCCGAGCGAUUGCUCUUGCACAAGCUCGAGGACUGUCACUAGCCCUUGAGCAGUUCUUCCGCACAUCGUCGUUGCCUGAGAUGGCUCGAAGUGCAGCAACUUCUAUGGUGGAUUUACAUAAGUGGACGUCCGAGACGCUAGUGUCUCUUAACUGGCCCACGACGAAGAAUACGCGCACGCUUUUCCUGUUCCAUGACGCCGAUGGAACUGUCUGGAAACUGUUGGAAUUGGCACGACAAUUGCCAUUCGCAGUCGUCGGAGUUCAAGCUACCAACUCGAAUUUUUCCAGCGUUGACGAACUCGCUGAAUUCUACUGGAAAAGUAUCCUUGGGCAUCAAAAAAAGGGUCCGUAUGCUCUCGGGGGCUUCUCAUUUGGUUGUCGUGUAGCCCACGAAGUAGCACGAUUGGCAGUGAGUGAAGGCCACAAACUUUUGCCUCUCAUUCUGCUGGACGGACUGCCAUUCGAGAUGUCAGUCUCCAAGCACGAUACUAUGGAGGAAAAGGCUGCGACUCGACUUCGGAUUGAACAGUACGUGAGUGAAGCUUUCGGUGACGUGCUGCUACGUCCAUUAGGGAAAAAUUAUCGCAAGUUCUGCGCUAUGGAAGAGAAAUAUCAGCCGUAUACAGCGGCUGAAGUGGAGACUGCAUGUUCCGGUUCACAGCCACCAGUGUGGCUCCAAGCGGAACUGUACAUAACGCAGCGGUGGAGCAUCGACUUCUCGCAGUAUCGAGCACUUGGUAUUGACAUCGCAACAGUGGCCACGAUUCCCGACUGCACGCAUCUAACGAUGCUACGCCACCCCAAUGUAGACGUGAUAGCGAGAAAGAUACGCCAACGCAUCACUAAUUUCUCUGGAAUUCAUUUCAGAGACCAGGACUCUGCAGCAUCUAGUAAGCACAAAUAGAGGAUCUCCUUAACCACUGC